AAGAUCUAGGCAGCGGAGCGCAGCGCUGGGCGUGUGCGUUUGAUUGAUGCUGGCUGUUUGAGAUCUCAGCCCCUGACGCGGAGUGACUGUUUGAGUUUGGGGCGGAGGGAUAUCCUGCUCUCUCUCAGUGCUGCGGAGGAGGAGAAGACGCCGGGAGUCAGUCAGUCAGUCAGUCGGCUAGUUAGGUUAGCUAGUCCCUCAGACUCACUCCUCCUCCUCCUUAUUCCAGUAGAGUGAGUGAGUGAGUGUAUCACUGCAGCUGGAUUUUAACUGGAUUUACUGGUCUUUAAUGGGACGCUAACUAACCUAGAUAACUAGAUAAGCUAGUUAACUUGUUGUCAUUAGCUAACGUUAGCUGCCUACAGAGUAUUUCUUGUCAGAAUGGAGCGUGUGCCUGAGCGGAAGGAUAUGGACAACGGCUUGAAACGGUUAAAACAGGAACUGAUCUCUAUGAGGGAAGCAGGUGAUGGUCUCCAGGCUCAGAUGAACUCUAUGAUGGGAGCUCUGCAGGAGCUGAAACUCCUCCAGGUCCAGACUGCACUGGAGCAACUGCAGAUCUCCUGCAAAACCACUCAUCAACCACCAACCAUUGACUUCAUCCCUCAGCAUCCACCUCUCAGAGCUACAACUACAGCUUCAGCUUCAGACAUGGUCCUCACAAACCAGCUGGACCACAUCGCAGGAACCAGGCUGAAGGAUACGCAGGUUUUAGAAGGAAGGUUGGAGGAACAUUCGUUUACGAGGGAGUCGAGUCUGUCAGAACCGGAACCGGAAAUGGAGCAAUCUUUGUUCUUCACCAGCUCUCCAAUGGAGAACCAUAGGCUGGCAUUGGCUCCACACCUGGGUGGAGUAGCAAAGGGGCAAGAACUUCGAGAAGGCCAACAUAGAGGAAGUCUUUGCACCACCUCUACUUCCUUCUCUAGCUUUGAGGACGAGAGCUUCUCCUCACGUGAUUCUUCACGCGAUUCUUCACAUGGCUCUUCAUGUUAUUCUCCUUCAGUUGAUGCUGGUUCUUGUUACCCAACUUCGAGUUCCUCCACGCUUGAGGAUCAUCGACCGCCGUUCCACCCAGCUACAAUGGCGGAGCUUCAGGGGCUAAUGGACACUCUGUCACGCGAAGGUCCAUCAAUCGACAGCGACUUUUCGCACUACGAUACAGACGACUCCAGCGAUUGGACUUCGUCUCUAAUGAGCCACAGCCGAAACAGGCAACCCUUGGUGCUUGGCGACAAUGUCUUCGCCGAUCUCGUAGGCAACUGGCUGGACUUGCCAGAGUUGGAGAGUCGUUUAGCGGACGAAGAAGAACGGGCAGGAAGGCUCGCUGAAGCGUCCGGGCAUCCCCUGCGCCUCAGCUGCUCUCAGGAAUUCUGCAAACGCCUUUCUUUGACCACCAACAUCUUUAAAAAAGUCCUGCGGAGCAUUCGACCCGACCGGGACAGGCUGCUCAAGGAGAGACCCGGGUGGUUGACCCCAGAGGACGAGGAGGAGGAACUGUUGAAACGAGGAAAGAAGAAAAUGAAAGGGUCCAAACCGAAAGGAAGCUUCUAUAGACCCUUCUGGUCAAAAGCUGGCAGGAGAGCCUGGAAGAACAGAGCCAAACCUCAAGGAGACAACGCGGAGGAGAUCAGGAGUUCAAAGGGGCCCGUCUUUGAUUACAGCUCUGCGGUGUGGGUUUAAAAGGUACUGAUUAUAAACAGUGAUAAUUACACAUUACUCCCAGGACAAAAAACGGAGGGGAACAGAGCGUGUGAAGCAGCCUAGAGACUGAAAUCAAGAGACUAUUCUCAGGACCAAAGCAUUUAAAAAAGAACUUUUUAAUAAAAAAUAAAUAUGAAUACCAUGUCAGGAACAUGCUUGCACAAUGUAUAAAAGAAACAUUAAUUGUGUUUUUUUUUAUUCUCUGUAUUUCAAUCUCUUAUCAUUAUUAUUAUUAUUAUUAUUAUCAUUACUAUCAUUAGCCUUGAUGUUAAAAAAAUACAUUAAUCGUCUAAAAAAACUGUUGCACCCAAAAGAAAGUGUUAGAUUGGAAUGGUAAUAAAAAGAAAGAUAAAGAUUACCAGAAACAAUAAACUAUUAUUAGUCAUUUUCAACAAUAAUGGUUUUAUUAGCUGUUAUCAUGGUCUGUGAGGCCUGUGUGCCAUUCGUCUUCAUUACAGAUGCUGUAACAGCCCAGCUUUACGUUAAUUAAUUCAAUCAAUGCAACCAGUGGCCUACCUUUACUGAAUGCACAUUUUGGUGCACUAUUCUGUAUUCUAUACUGCUGCUGUCUCAAGAGCUUACCUUAAAGACACUAGAAGAUACUAUAUCAUGUUCAGCUGCAUCAAUAGAUCUAUUUCUGUUUUAAAAUGUGUGGAAUGCUGCUAUUAAACGCUCUAUCAACACUCCCUACCACCCCUACCACACAAACUGCAGGAACUGUGAGAGAAUGUUGGAGCUGCAUGGGAUAAAUUAUCACAGGACUCCAUUAAGAACCUCUACAUUUCUCUACAGGCUGAGACGUCUGGGUUACACACUGGGUUACACACUACUUCUAUAUGUGUAGCUCAAUAAAUACGAACCAGAGUUUCCCAUAUCAUGUAAAAUGUUAAAUAAUUCAUUGUUUCUGGUAGGGGUGGGCGAUAUGGCUCUAAAAUAAUAUCACAAUAUACUACUUUUAAGACAAACCAUCCUUAUUAUGACGAUAUGGAUUUUUAAUAUCCUGAUAUUUCUGUGUCACGAUAUAUUGUAUACGAUAUACUAUUGCCCACCCCUAGUUUCUGGUAUUUAUUCAGUCUUUCUUCUGAACAGCACUACAAUCCCACACUUCCAUUGGUUUCUAAAUGCAGCUAUUUCUUUGAUGAUGAGUGUAUGUCCCACUAUUAACACUCCUCAUAAAUGUUGUACGUUUUGUAUUUCCCUAUGUACUGAAUUAUGCCAAACAGCUCUCUGCAAGUCCAAACUUGUACUGUUGUACAGAAAUAUACCUGUAUAAGUUGGACAUGGUGUGCUCUCAGGAUAUUACAUAAAUGCAAUAAAUGAUUAAAAAAUGAA